CGGCGCCGGCUGCGCGGGAGUGCAUGAUACUUUAAUUUAUGGAAACAGGAAUCACGUUGAUAAAUCAGUCGAGCGAGACCGUUUAUUUGGGUGAAACCGUGAGCACUUAUGCCUAUGAGUGGUUAAUUGUUAUUCGAAUGUUGUUAAAUAUGAGUUUAUAUACUUUUACAUACCAAACAACAUACACGGUGGUGUAUACAUUGUACGACUUUCUGGAAUUAUUUUAUUGUUUUUUAUGGAACUGUUACAAAACUCUAUUAAAUAUAUAUGAUAAGUGUACAAGUGAAGAGCAACAGUACAUAACUAGAAAUGCUCAAAUAUUGAAGAGUGUUCCUACACAUAUAACAGUGAUUUUAGCAAAUGAAAAACCUUCUUAUAAAGAUUUGUCAAAGUUAAUAUUAUGGUGUGUUGCAUCAGGUAUUACAUACCUUAGUUUCUACGACUAUAAAGGGAUCCUAAAGGACUCGGAGGAAAAGCUUCAACGUGCCGUGGAAGAACAACAACGGAAUAACGCACAUGUGAUUUGGCAUAACAAAAAUUGUUAUAAAAAUGGUUUUAUUGAAAAGAAAAUUUAUGUACGGACAUUGUCAUAUACUGAUGGUAGAGAAAAUAUAGUAAAUGUUGCUAAAAAGCUUUGUGAAGAUGAUAGUGUGAAACACAUUGACAUUGCAACCGUAGAUAAGAAUAUAAAAGAUAAAUACGUCUUUCCUGAUCCAGACCUCUGUCUCUAUUGUGGAAAAUCCUUAUUUUUGUAUGGUUAUCCCCCAUGGGAAAUUCGUCUCACCGAAUUUAUUAGUAUAAAAACACACCACAGUAUUAGUCCUAGAACUUUUAUUAAUGCUUUAUACAGAUAUAGUAAAACUGAAAUGAGGCUGGGAAGGUAAUUUUGUUAGUAAUUUAUUGUACAAUUGUUAAUUUUUGAUUGUUAAAGUAUAUCUCACCCAAAGGUGUUUGUGGCAUAAAUUAUGGAAAAUGU